AUGGCUGCGGCUGACGGGGACGAUUCUCUGUAUCCCAUCGCCGUCCUCAUCGAUGAGUUGCGGAAUGAGGACGUGCAGCUCCGCCUGAACAGUAUUAAGAAGCUCUCCACUAUCGCUUUGGCUUUGGGUGUAGAAAGGACCCGCAGUGAGCUUCUGCCAUUCCUGACAGAUACGAUCUAUGAUGAAGAUGAAGUGCUGCUGGCUUUGGCUGAACAAUUGGGGACCUUUACUUCACUGGUUGGGGGACCAGAAUAUGUACACUGCUUACUGCCGCCGUUAGAGAGUUUGGCCACUGUUGAGGAGACAGUGGUGAGGGACAAAGCCGUGGAAUCCCUCCGAGCCAUUUCUCAUGAACACUCUCCCUCAGACCUCGAGGCGCACUUUGUACCCCUGGUGAAGCGCUUGGCCAGCGGCGACUGGUUCACCUCACGCACUUCUGCAUGCGGUCUGUUCAGCGUGUGUUAUCCACGGGUCUCCAGCACUGUAAAAGCGGAACUUAGACAACAUUUCCGGAAUCUGUGUUCAGAUGACACCCCAAUGGUAAGACGAGCAGCUGCCUCUAAAUUGGGGGAAUUUGCAAAAGUAUUGGAGCUGGAACAUGUCAAAAGUGAAAUAAUCCCAAUGUUCUCCAACCUGGCCUCAGAUGAGCAGGAUUCUGUCCGUCUUUUGGCCGUGGAGGCCUGUGUGAAUAUUGCUCAGCUUCUACCUCAGGAAGAGCUGGAGCCGCUGGUGAUGCCGACACUGAGACAAGCUGCUGAGGAUAAGUCCUGGCGUGUUCGUUACAUGGUGGCAGACAAAUUCACAGAGCUCCAGAAAGCAGUUGGCCCAGAAAUCACAAAGACAGACUUGGUCCCGGCCUUCCAGAAUCUGAUGAAGGACUGUGAGGCGGAGGUGCGAGCUGCGGCUUCCCACAAAGUUAAAGAAUUCUGUGAGAACUUGUCAGCCGACUGUCGGGAGAACGUCAUCAUGACGCAGAUCCUCCCAUGUGUCAAGGAAUUGGUUUCAGAUGCCAACCAGCAUGUGAAAUCUGCCCUGGCCUCCGUCAUCAUGGGCCUGUCCCCCAUCCUGGGGAAGGACAAUACUAUAGAGCAUCUUCUUCCUCUUUUCUUGGCCCAGCUGAAGGAUGAGUGUCCAGAAGUGAGACUCAACAUCAUCUCCAACCUGGACUGUGUGAACGAGGUCAUCGGCAUCCGCCAGCUCUCCCAGUCCCUUCUUCCCGCUAUCGUGGAGCUGGCUGAGGACGCCAAGUGGCGCGUGCGCCUGGCCAUCAUCGAGUACAUGCCUCUCCUCGCAGGGCAGCUGGGUGUAGAGUUCUUUGAUGAGAAGCUGAACUCCUUAUGUAUGGCCUGGCUUGUGGAUCACGUAUACGCCAUCAGAGAGGCAGCUACCAGCAACCUGAAGAAGCUGGUCGAAAAGUUUGGUAAAGAGUGGGCUCAGGCCACCAUCAUCCCAAAAGUGCUGGCAAUGUCCAACGACCCGAACUAUCUGCACCGGAUGACCACCUUGUUCUGUAUCAAUGUGCUCUCUGAGGUUUGUGGACAGGACAUCACCACUAAGCACAUGUUACCCACAGUAGUGCGGAUGGCAGGCGAUGCCGUGGCGAAUGUGCGUUUUAAUGUUGCCAAGUCUCUCCAGAAGAUCGGUCCCACACUGGACAACAGCACCCUACAGAACGAUGUGAAACCAGUCCUGGAGAAGUUAACUCAAGACCAAGAUGUAGAUGUGAAAUACUUUGCACAGGAAGCCCUCACAGUGCUGGCUUUGGCGUAA